GUUAGAUAUGGGUUUUGAAAGAGAUGUUGCUCAGAUUGUGAACUCCCUGAAUGAGAAACAAGAAGGACACAGACAAACUGUGCUGCUCUCAGCCACACUUUCGCAAGGGGUGGAAAGACUUGCUGGCAUGAGCCUUGUCAAUCCCCAGCUCGUAGAGGUCUCCAAACCCGUCACGGACACCAAGGUGUCAAAGCCAGACAGCAUGACAGUGACACAGACGACUGAUGACAAAUUUGUGAUACCAGAACACUUGCAGCAGCACUUCAUUGUGGUUCCUAGUAAACUGAGGCUUGUCACCUUGGCAGCGUUUAUUUUACAGAAGUGCAAGUAUGCUGCAGAGAAUAACAAGAUGGUGGUCUUCAUGUCGACCCAGGAUUCCACAGAGUUCCAUCACUCUCUGCUUGUUAACACCAUUGCCAGCUUUAAGGAAGAGGAGGAGGAGGGAGAUGAGAGAGAUAUUGAGAUCUUCAAACUACACGGAGAUAUGGUACAAAAAGAAAGAACUCAGGUUUUCCAAGACUUCUCUAGUACUAGAUCCGGCGUACUUCUCUGUACAGACGUAGCAGCCAGAGGGUUGGACUUACCCAAGGUGAAGUGGAUUGUGCAGUACAAUACCCCGGGGACCCCCACUGAAUACAUCCACAGGGUGGGGCGGACGGCUAGGGCAGGGACCAGGGGGAGCUCACUUCUAUUCCUGUCUCCCUCAGAAGUGGACUAUGUCCAGGUCCUCAAUGACCACAAAAUAAGUAUGGAGGAAGUUUCCAUGAAGGAAGUGCUGCAGACAUUGAUGGUACUUAGUCAGGAGUUGGCAGAAGGAAGGAAAAGCAAGGGUCGCCAUCCACACAGCGUUGAAGAGAGUGCCACGGUGCUUCAAAACAGAUUUGAGACAUACCUGUACCAAAACAAAGAAAGAAUACAAUUAGCCAAAAAAGCUUACCAAUCUUUCUUGAGAUCAUACGCCACCUAUCCAUCCAACCUGAAGCAUAUCUUCCAUGUGAAGAAUCUCCAUCUGGGACAUGUUGCCAAGAGCUUUGGUCUGCGUGAAGCUCCAAAACAUAUCUCCCAGUUCAAAGACAACAAAUAUGCUGUAAAACUCCAGCGUAAAACUGAAAGGAGAGAACAGUUGCAUAAGGAGGCUUCCCUUCCACACAAGAGGGUCAAUAUGUCUGAAUAUGCUAGUGGCCUGGAUGUGGUAAAAACGGUCAAGAAAAGAAAAUCAAGGAACAAAAAGGCUGGAAAAAACAAGAAGAGAAAGUGAUGAGAAAUGGGAACCAGAUUGAAACCUGAGCUACAUAUAUUUAAGUUAUUUAAGAACAGGAUGUUGUUUUUCAGCCAAUUUAGUAAUGUAGCUAGUCCAAGCCAUACACAACUAUUGCCCAAAUUUAUUUCACAUUAAACUGAGACUGUUGCAGAGGACUAAAAUUCUGUCAUUAUUUUAAAAAUUUAACCAGUCAGUGACAUAUUUAUAUUUGUUUGUUGAAAAGUUUUUUUCAAAUACAAUAUUGUUAUUCUUCAUUAUCAAAUCAUACUCGCUGAAGUACCCGUUUUGCCCACAUGGAGCUAUAAUUUUUUUAUUGUGUUAAAUGUUUGUGUCCAUCUCUCCAAACACAAUCAGCAAUAUGCGCAUUGCUGUUUUUUUUUUUUCAAGAUGAUACAGUUUAAUUGAAUGUUUUGGUACAAUUUACAUUGUACUGUAUUAUUUUGUGACUAAACUAUUAUUUUAACAUCCUUUUGUUCAACCAAUAAUUUUUUCAUUGAUAUGUGGCUGACUAGACCAAGAUGGUUUUAUGAGUAACUUCUGAAUCACUUAAAAGGCCAAAAAAUGAAUUUACCUGGGGUAAACGACAAUUUUUCCAUAAUUACCAGCGGUUAAUGAAUGCAUUUCUACAUUCAA